UAUAGAUGUUUAUAGGUACUGCUCGCAACUUGACCGACUGCCUUGAAAUUUGGUGGGGAUCUUCACCGGAUAUACCCCUUAUCGCGGAUUUCAAAAUCUGAAGGAAAAAAGGAAACAAAGCAAAACGACGAAAUUCCACGAGUCGUGUCAACUCGUCGUUCACUCUUUGCGCCGAAAGUUACUGGCGGACACUUGAAAGAAUUCCUCCGGAACGACGCUUCUCUGAAAUCCUCUUUUCCAAAGAACUGUAGAAACCCUGCCGUGAAGCGAAACGAGUGAAAACUUUUUAAUUAACCUUUAACAUUAACACGACAGCUGGGAAAAAGAGUGUAAAAAUGGUAAAAAUGGCAUUGGCAAUUCGCAGAGUGGUCGCCAGCAGAACGAAAGCGGUGGAAACGACGAGACGAGCGGAAAAGGGUGGGUCCCGCUUUGACCUAAAUGGCCGUCCAGUUGGCCGAUGGCCAGUUCCCUAUGUUCGUGCACUCGGCAUCCGUUGGUCUUUACUUAUAUUUUUCGAUAUCAAUUUCCCCGGGACCGAUGAAUUAAUCGGCUGCGCCAGUGACGACCGGUUCGUCGCUUGCUACACGUAAAAAUGUUUACACGCCGACGUUGCACGGGAAUUAAAUUCACCUUUAUGUUUGCGCGGAGGAGCCGGAACAACCGGUGAGGAACACGAUGUAAACUGUAAACGAAUGGGCCGCUGUAAACAGAGGAACUCGACGGUCCAGCAAACAGCUACAUGGUACUCUCCUCGCUCGUGAAUUUCCUGUUUUAAGUUUCUGCUUGGCAACUCUGUUCCAGUCCGGGUGCAUUAAUAUUUUCAUAAGCGCGUAGCGCCAGCCAAUCAGAGCGCGUUGCAAAAUUCAACGGACCCAAGUGACGCCAGUUGCACCGAACGUUCGGCAAGUGUCACUGUGUAUCAGGAAAUUUCGCAUCUUUUCGCGGUUUUGAUCAGUUUUUUCCAUCGAAUUGGUGUGACUUUUGGACGAGAGUAGUGCCAUACGAUAAGAAUGGAGGCUGAAACCAGCUGUGACGACCCUCAAUUUAUGAUUAUGUUGGAAACCUGUCUGCGUGUCGAGAUCGAAACAGCCAAGCGUACGUCCUCUGAACUUGCGAGCGAGAUAAAAGGACUGAAGCUGGGGAUGCAGGCGCAGUUGAAAACGCGGAAGGAGUUGAAAGAAAAAACGGAGAGCGCGCAGGAAAACAUACUGAUUUUAACAAACACAUUAAACCAGUACGUAUAUAAGGAUAAGCGAAGCAACGCGACCUCGAGCAAUUUUGUUUAUAUUUUCUGAAAAUUCCUUUGCAGAGAGAGUAAACGUGUUAACGAAAUUUCCAACAAAAUCGAGCUGAUGAACCUGAAUUUGGACAACGACUACAAAGUCAUGAAACUGGAUUGUCAACAAUACGAGAAUAUUCUCAACGUGUACGAAGCGACGUGGCAGUCAUAUCACGAGAGGUACGAGGAAUUUCCGUUGGCCAAGGAGAGGAAGGAGUGGGAAGCAAAAUUGAGAAAGCUUCAAGUGGAUAAAAUGGUGCUGGAAUAUAAGAUCAACGGGCUGGAGAAGAUGUCGGAGCAGAGGAAGCGCAUCACGUGGCUGAGAAUGCGCACGAAAAUCGUGGAGUUCGCGCGCACCAUAUCGGACCACAUGAACCUCGAGAAGAAAUUGCAGGAAUACAAUCGAACCAUCGAGCAGCGCAGGAAGGAGUUGGACAUGAUCACGACCGAGCUAGCCGUGCAGCUGAAGAAGCAGGAAGAGGAGAAAAAGGAUCGGGCGUUGAAGCUGCUGGAAAUGCCGCCGCCAAAGAUUAAUUUUUCCCACAUGCGCACGAUUUACGGUCGCAGAUCGAGGACCGGCUUGCCUGACUGGAAAAGAAAUGAUGAGAAUUCCAUAGAUACCCUGUCGGUGGAUACCCUGAUGUUGGAAGAAAUGUGUCUGACAGAGGAGAGCGUCAUGAAACCGUCAUCUGAAAUUUCAAUUCACGCCGAGAAAGGCCAGAAUGUUCCUUGUGACCGUCCGAUCGAUUCGACGAGCCCUUUCUUGGACCAGGAGCGGCAGCAAGUGGAGCACGAGGACGUAGCCAGCGAGGUAGAUGGAAACAUGGCUUUGGAAGCGAUCGAUGCGGCCGAGGAGGAACUGGAACAACGAAUGGACCAGGAAUUGGAGCACAUGGACCAGCCAUCCGGUAUUUCGAAAGAUAAGCAAACAGGCCGACGCAGCGAGGAUCUUGAGGAGAUGGAUGAUCUCGCAGCGAAGAGAAUGAGAUUGAUCUCCGGCGAGGGGAAGUCGGUGGCGAUACCGGUGAAGGAUAUUCAAUUGGAUAAGGAAAAGUGGGAUUCGGUUGAUCCGCUCUGUCGUUCAAGAAUCACGAAGAUCGAGACAGUUCGCUACAAAAUGCCCUCGAUUAAAAACAUAGACAAAACUCCAAGGGGAAGUCGAUUGGUAGAUCAGUCUCCUGGGUCAAGGAUAACAACGCCUUUGAUGAGAAAGCACGAUCAGGAUCAUGCCAAUCCCUCCAGUAUGUUUACUCCACACCGCUACGAUUUCUCUGAUAACAGCGACAUGAGUUUCUGUACGGAUAAUAUGGCCAAUCUGAAAGCUGAUCAAAUAUCCCUAUACGGAGGAUCUGUUCGAGAUUUCUGCGAGUGCUCCAACAUAUCCAUGCCCAUCGAGGACGCAAUCUCGGAGAGCAAUGCAAACGCCCCAUCGACCAGCAAGACUCACAAUUUUCCACGUACUUGUGAUACAUCUCAUCGAAGGCUUCCAUUGAUUUCGCCCUUUUCUACGCUCACGUCUGCUUUUUUUUCUUUUUGUUGCAGAAUUCGAUUUAAGUAAUAUUUUGAAACCUACUUUCGGAGCGAAGAAAUUCUUCUAGACCCUCAAGUCGUCUCGAAGAUGAUCGACGAUCGUUCAAAAGCUCUGCACUUGUUGUAAAACCUAGUUUAAAUGGAAUAAAAGCGCGCAGAGCGAAAGGUGAACGAGGUAAUUUCUUCGGUGGUACGGUAAUAAGGUACGGUUCUCGCUUCGUUUUUCGCCCAGGCCGAGUAAUAUUCGAGCGAAAUUACGCGUAGUCGUAAUUUUCACCCUCGCCGGUCGGUAGAAAGCGUCCGGUGGCUCGGUUCCGCACUAAGAAAUCGGAAAAAGGAAACAUGAAAGACGCAGACGCCAGGAGGGAGGAAAGAGGCACACGCCAGGCUGGAGGGAGAGAAAGGAAGAGCACUCGGCUCGACGACUGGAAAGUAGGUCCUUUAAAGCGCCCCUUUGUGUACCACUCUUUAAAGAUCAUUGCCACCGACAUUUAAUCUUCAGUCUGACUGUUUGCGAAUUAUUUAAAGGACCAACGUACAGUCGAAAGCUGUUCGAUACAAUUUCUUCUUCACGGUCGAGGACUGAGACUCUUUAAAUUUUCCAGCUUCAAUUUCUCACGCUUAAGAAGCAUACGUGAAAGGAUUCCGUGUCGUUGUACCUUCUGAAAAGCGUUGUACUUUCUUACAAGUAAAUAGAGUUACUGUGGCAAGAAAAAUUCUAAAUUGCUAUUAGAAACUGGGCCAUGUGCGGUUCUUUUAAAGGAACCUUCUGCUUGGAACUAAUGACGCGGGGGAAAUCCAUUCAGGCACAGGAAAAGAUAUUUAGGCCUUGGUUAAAAUUUUACAGGGCUAUUUUAAAGGGCUCCGGACUUCGCAACUGUUAAUGGUCGCCGAGACUUUGAAUAAUCCCAAAGAAGCGAGAAAGUUCUUUCCGUACAGAGAGAGGAUUGACCGAUUGUUCCAGAAAAGGGAAGCAAGAGUACUUUGCGUUUUCUUUUUCCCCUCCGGGGGGGAAUAUGCUAUCGACGUGCAUGGAAUAACGGGGCUGAUGAACGGUAACUUCUUAAUAAAACCAGGCCGGCGCCCCAUCGCCAGGCCUCGUUCUCGCGCUUAAUUGCUUGAACCAGUAUAAUUGAUAUAAAUUAACCGGGCUUGCGUGGAGUAUUCAUCGUAGUCGCGGCAAGAAUACCAAAGUUUGUUAUUACCUAUCGUAACUUUUCUCCAACGAGCGGUCCGACUUCCGGUAACCCGUUAUGAAUGCAGUAUAUAAAAGCGGCCGUGUCCGUCGGUGAUAUAUCGUUGGCUUACUUUCGAACCUCCUCCCGGCGUCGACAAAAAUAAAUUGGAAAAUUUAAUAAAAAAAAGAAAACACGAAAGUGGAGGAGAACAAAGGUAUGAAAGGGGUGAGUGGAAACGGAAGGAGCGAGCUUCAAGGAAAUUCAUAAUUGUGCCAACCAGCGUCUUUGUUUAAUGAAAAAUGGAAGCAGGGAGCUGCAGGGAGAUCUCUCUUUUUAAAGAAGAUGCCUUACUGCAAUGCCUGAAACUGUUACUUUACAUCUUUUCCUUACGCAGAGGGAUUUAUUGUACAAGUGAAGAACACAACGUUUGUACUCUUGUCAAGACUGCAAUUGACAUUGGAGAACCAGUCGUUUGUACCUUAAUGAAGUCAAAGACUCGGUAUUGGAUUAAAAAUUCAAGGUAUUUGUUUGUAUAUAAAAUCAAAGUAGAAUUAGAUCUUUGGAAUCUUUUUGAAAGCUUGUACAUUUUAUAUGUAACAUGUAUAUAACUUACGUCGAUUUUAUCGUUAUUUCGCGUCUCAAUGUAUCGACACCAUUUUCCUCGAGCAGUUUCGCUGACCACUCGUUCCACUAUCCCUCUAUCUGUUUCACAGAACGCUGGCUGUUUUUCUUUCCGGUUGGAAGACUCGGUGCCGCUGUUACGUGACUGGAAUCCGCCACCGCCGUUGGCACGCCACUUUUCUGCAGUCGCUGCGACCGGAAGUUCUUCAGCCUGUGGAUCACCAACGACCUCCCCUUCCCUCACCCGGUGCAGCUUCAUCGAAUCCUAGCCAUCGACUUGAUUAUCUUUUACCAACGCGGCUCGUGCUCUUUUUCCUCCGCUCUCGAUCAUUCGCGAGCGUACAGAGUAAAAAGAAAACGGGAUAACGCCUGAAUCAGGGAGGGCAGCCAUGGCGUUUUACGAUCCUUGGCGGAAAAAUGGAGAUCGGGCACGAGACACUGAGUCAGCUGUUACAGCCCCGAUUCAGGAAACGGGCAACUAUCGCGACCGAGGUGAAACUUGCUGGGGACAGAUUGGUUAUGGGUAUCGGAAAGUCGAGGCGCUGAUUGCGUUCGAAGUUUAUUGGAUCGUUAGGAAGAUGUUCUCGAUGCGCUUUACGCCCCGGUAAAGCGUGGAAUUUUGCUUCCUGGAUUAUCUUUGCGAAUGCGCUAAUUGUCUUUUUAGGCAGACUUGGUCGAACGUAAAUGAUUUUUA